CUAGUAUUUCUAGAUAUUUUUUGCUUCUUAUAUAUGAGAGUUUGCUUCUUUGUUCCUGAAGCUGAACUGAUUUUCACGUAUCCGUAUAUCAAUUGGUCAUAUGUGAUAGUUGUAUUGCUCUUGGUACAUUGUUGUCUCUUUUUUGUAAAUACACUGCUUCUCCAUUCAUCUGGCUUUGUCCAACUUCCAUAAUUCUACUAAAUAAACCUAUAUAAAAAGCAUGGAAAACGAGUUGCAGCAAUUCAUAUCUCUCGCUCUUUCUUACAAUGUGUCAGAGGCAUUCGAUUUUAUUGUGGUUACCAGCUCUUUUUCUUUUUUAAUUCUUAAUAAAAUGAUCUAAUUAGUUACGUGAUGGGAAUAAGAUAUAUACAAAAAUAUGAAAAAAUGUUUUAUUUCUUUGGAAUAAAAUAAAAAAGCCAAGUUGGUUGACUGGUUUAAAGCUUUGCAGUGCAGGAGAUUUGAACCUAUGGUCUAACACUUACUUAUUUUCAAUGCAAUUUAACAAAGCCUUAAAUCACUCAACCAACGUGGCUUUGGAACUUUGCUCUAAAAAAUAACGAUGAUAUUCACAUGUUACGACAUUCAUAUUGAUAAUAAAAAGAAAUAAAUAUUUUCAAAUAAUAUUUUAUUCAAAAUACUGUUAUUUAGAGUGUGAGCUUUGGUACACGACACCCAUAUAAAAAGCGUGGCUGUCCCCUCCUUCCUUCUUUCAGCCAACGUCUCCAGUCCUUUCUGUGCUGACAUUCUCCAUCUCGUCUUUUCUUUUAGAUAUAUAUUUUUGUAUUUUUGUUUCUGUUCUGACAACAGCAUUUCCUGUCUUUAUUUUUUAAGUGCUUGAAUUACUUCGGAGGGAAUGAAGUUGCAUGAAGUCUUGCAUUGCAGAGUCAUAAUUUCUCGAUUUUUUUAUUUAUACAGUCGAACCCGCUUAUUGGAAUAGCCUUCGUGCCAAGCAAAAGUAUUCCUAUAACAGGGAUAUUCUAAUAACCGAUCAUAUGUGCAUAGUAAAAACGUUUUGGGACCUCAAAUUUUUAUUCCUUAAGCCGGGAUAUUCCUUUAACCGGUAUUCUAAUAAGCGGGUUCGACUGUAUUCACAAUAUAUUUUAGUCUGAUUUUAGCUUAUAUUUGUAACUUUGGAUAUACGUAAUUUUUUAGUCGAAUUCUAUUUAUCUUUGAACCUUAAUCUAUCCAAAAUUUCGAUAAAUCCUCAGCCCUAUUUUUUCAAAUUAUUUUAAUUAAACUAAAAGACUUUUGUUUAAAAAAUUUGCAAUAUUCUUUCUAUUAGAGUCCUUCCUCUAUCUAUCAUAGGAUUUUUACAGCUGUCACCGCCUUCCUUCUUUCAGCCAACGUCUCCAGUCCUUUCUGUGCUGACAUUCUCCAUCUCGUCUUUUCUUUUAGAUAUAUAUUUUUGUCUUUUUGUUUCUGUUCUGACUCAACAGCAUUUCCUGUCUUUAUUUUUGAAGUGCUUAAACCACUUCGGAGGGAAUGAAGUUGUAUAUAGCAAAAAAUAAAAGUCGUCUGUUGUUUUGUUUCUGUUGUAUCUAGAGCCUUCUAGAGUUGCAGUAGAUUAAAAUCCUAUAUUUUAGUUUUUAGUAUUUCUCUUAGAACUUUUUUGUUCUUUUUCUUCUGUUUUGUCCAGUGCCCAAGAGCGUUGCAGCAGAUUAGAAUUUUUAGUAUUUUAUUCAUACAUAUUAGUUAUAUCUUUGCUUACAUUCGUAACUUAUGUAUGUGUAAUUUUCUCGAUCGAAUUACUCUAACUAAACUAAAAGACUUUUGCUUUGAAUUUUUUAUUAGAGACCCUUCGUUUGGAUAUAUAUGUUUUGUGUCGGUUCUAUUCAGAGUCUCGUAGCGUUGCUUCAAAUCUCGCAAUAUUUUUUCUAUUUUAUCGAUUUUUUCGAAGAGUCAAGUUGAUUAUAGCAAGUUGUUAUUGUUUUAGGUGGAUUUAGCAAAAAAUAAAGCAAGGUUUCAUCCAUUGCAGUGGAAACGAACAUCCAGCAGCCAAAUUAGAAAUCGUUGAAACUUAGAAUAAAAAAGAGGGUGGAUUUAGCAAGAAAUAAGCAAGGUUUCAUCCAUUGCAGUGGAAACGAACAUCCAGCAGCCAAAUUCGAAAUCGUUGAAACUUAACUUAACUAAUCGUUGAAUAAAAAAGAGGGUAAGUGAUUUUGUUUUUUUAUAAGCCAUACAAUAUAAUAUUGAAAUGAUUAAGGAAAUAGUUAAGCAGUCGGAUAAUCUAUUAUUAACUAUUAAAAGACUUCGUAAAAUAAUUUUUGAUAAAUUUACUCAAAAUGAUGCUAAAGUAUGGUUAAAGCGAUUAAAUGCACAUAUUUGCAAAUGUAAUAAUUUAAUUAAAGCUAAAAAAUUACCCAUUGGAACUGCUAAAAAAUUACAAUCAAACGUAGGACAUUUUAAACAUUUUCGAAGAAUAAUUUUAAAUUUUAAUAGACGUGUUGGUCUAGGACUUAAUUCAAAAUUACGAAAUAGAGUAAAAUGGGAAAAUGUCGCUUCAAGUUUUGCAAGUCGGAUUAAGACAGGGGUUAUAAUAAAUUUAUAUCAUAAGGAUGUAGGACCGUUUUUGAAUGAUGCUUUUACCAUAUUUAAACAAAAAGUUAAAACUGUUUUGAAAUCUAAUAGAGUACUUAAAGUCAACACUACUUUGUGGGGGGAAUUUAUUAAAAAGACAGGUGAUAGUGAGAGUUUAGAUUUGAUACAUUUUAGCACUAAAAAUGUCAUUAUAGAUAGUUAUUCGACCGAUUUACACAUUUGGUUUAGCGAAAAUGUUAAAGAUAUAAUUUUUAAAAAAAUGUCUGAAUUUUCAGAAAAAGGUUCAGGUGCCGCUCUCUCUAAAGUAAUCUCAUUAGAAGUUAACAUCAAUAAAGUCGAAAUUGGGAACGGAUCAUCGUACAUUAAACUUCCUGAACAAAUUCAAACUCGUCAUGCAUGUAUAAAUAUAAAAAAUUACGAUCAAAAUUGCUUUUAUUGGGCGAUUAUUAGCUCUCUUUAUCCAGCGAAAAUACAUACAGAACGUACAUCGGCAUAUCCAUAUUACAGUACUGUUUUGAAAACGGAGGACUUGGAAGCUCCAAUGCCUUUAACUCAUAUCACAAAAUUUGAAAAAAUAAAUACUAUAUCAGUGAAUGUUUAUGCUUUGGAAUUAAAUCAAGUUAAGGAAAAACAGUUUUACGAAGUAGUACCUGCUAGACUUACACAAAACAAGCUUGAUAGACAUGUAAAUUUGCUUCUAAUUCAGGAUAAAUAUUUUUCAAAGUUAAAUGAUUACGACGCUCCUCCUAGUGACGAUGAAAAUAUUGAAAUAAAAUAUCAUUACUGCUGGAUUAAAGAUAUGUCCAGGUUGUUAAGUUCUCAGUUAAGUAAGGACAAACAUAAAAAAUAUAUUUGUGAUCGCUGUAUGAAUUAUUUUUCCAGCGGAAAUAAACUUGCGGAGCAUGAAGAGUUCUGCAGAGACAUAAACAAAUGUAAAAUGACUGUUCCCAAAUACGAUGAUGUUGCUUUUAGAAAUUUCACAUACAAACAAACCACUCCCUUUAUCAUAUAUGCUGAUUUUGAAUGUCAGUUACAUAAUUUUACAGAUUCUAAUGUAAAACUGAGCAAAACAGCAAAAUACCAAAAGCAUGUACCUUAUAGUGCAGGCUAUUACUUUAAAUGUGCUUACGAUGACGGCUUAUCAUAUUUUCGAAGCUACAGAGGUGAAAAUUGCAUGGAGUGGUUUGCAAAAGAAAUGGCUGAAAUAUCCAAAUUUGUCAAUUCUAAAAUAAAAUCAAUUGUACCUAUGGUUAAAAAGCCUAGUACAAGUGGGGCAACUGCCUGUCAUAUUUGUGAGAAACGCUUUUUAGCUACAGAUAUAAUUGUUGUAGAUCAUGAUCAUUUUACCGGAGAGGUAAGAGGAUUUGCACACCAAGCAUGCAAUUUAAACUUCAGAAAGGUGUUUGUUGUGCCAGUAGCAUUUCACAAUUUUAGUGGAUAUGACUCACAUUUCAUGAUUAUCGAUUUAUGCAAACAUGGGCACCUGAGCUUACUUCCUAUUAAUAAAGAAAAAUAUAUUUCUUUUACUCUACAUUCAGAUGAGCAUAAAAUUAGACUAAGAUUUAUCGAUACUAUGAGAUUUAUGGGAGCUUCACUCGAUGAAUUAGCAUCACUUUUAGAUACUUCAGAGAAGAAGAUUUUAAAACAAGAAUUUUACAGUUUAGAUGAUGAUGCAUUUAAUUUAUUAACUUGCAAAGGAGUAUUUUGCUAUGAUUAUGUAGAUAGUUUGGAAAAAUUAGAGGAAACUUCUUUACCUACAAUUAGUCAUUUUUAUAAUAAAUUAUGUGAUGAACAUAUUAGCGAACAGAAGUAUGCUCAUGCGCAGAAAGUUUGGUCUAUAUUUGAAUGUAAAAAUUUGGGAGAGUAUAGCGAUUUGUAUUUAAAAACAGAUAUUUUGCUUCUGGCUGAUGUAUUUGAACAAUUUAGACAAAAAUGUAGGGAUACGUACCAUUUAGAUCCUGCGUGGUAUUAUACCAUACCAGGUUAUACAUGGGACUGUAUGCUUAGGUAUACAAAAUGUAGAUUAGAGUUAUUAAAAGAUGUGGAUAUGAUUUUGUUUAUUGAAAAAGGCAUAAGAGGCGGAAUAUCUGUGUGUAGUAACCGAUUUUCGGAAGCUAACAAUAAGUACAUGUCGACAUAUGACCCCACACAGCCCUCUAAGUACAUCAUGUAUUUAGAUGUAAAUAAUCUAUAUGGUUGGGCUAUGAGUGAAUAUUUACCUUUUGGAGGAUUUAAGUGGAUUGAAGAUGUAACCAAAUUUGGUGUAGCAUCUAAAUCCACUAAACUUCCCAAGGGUCAUAUUGAUAUUAUGUCAAUUCCGAAUGCUGCGAAGGAGGGCUAUUUCUUUCAAGUUGACUUAGAGUAUCCACGUGAAUUACACGACAAACAUAAAGAUUUUCCAUUUGCUGCCGAACACCGCAUUCCUCCCGGUUCAAAACUACCAAAAUUAUUGCCAGCUCUUUUUAAUAAGUCAAAAUAUAUUAUUCAUUAUAGAAAUUUAAAGCAGGCUUUAUCUAACGGAUUAAUUUUAACUAAAAUACAUAAAGUUUUGAAAUUUAAUCAAUCUGCAUGGCUGCGGCCCUAUAUUGAGUUAAAUACUAACUUACGGGCUGCAUCUAAGAGCAGUUUUGAGAAAAAUCUCUAUAAAAUGAUGAACAAUGCUGUGUUUGGUAAGACCAUGGAGAAUAUAAGGAGGCAUAGAACUGUAAAAAUAUGUAAAAAUUGGAAUGGAAGGUAUGGAGCCAAAAACUUGAUUGCAAGUAUUCGGUUUCACAGUCGUACUAUCUUUAGUGAAAACCUGGUGGCCAUCGAACUAACCAAAUCAGUAGUGUGUUUUAAUAAGCCUCUGUAUAUAGGUGCAGCAAUCCUAGACAUAUCAAAAUUAUGUAUGUAUGAUUUUCAUUACUCCUUCAUGCUUCCAACGAUGGGAGAAGAAAAUUGUAUGUUAUUGUACAUGGAUACAGAUAGCUUCAUCUAUGAAUUACAGUGUUUAGAUGCAUAUAAGGAGGUUUUAAAGGCACACAACUCUAAAUUCGAUACAUCUGACUAUUCGGAAAAUAACCCGUACAUGAUAGAACGGUUAAAUAAAAAAAUCCCCGGUCUAAUGAAGGAUGAAGCUAAUGGAAAAAUUAUUACAAAUUUUAUUGGUCUAAGAUCAAAAAUGUAUACAUUUAAAUUACAAACAACUGAUGAAGAGAGAGAAAAAGAGAGAGAACGUUUAAAACUGAAACUAAACAAGGAACAAAUUGAUUGUGGUAUUCAAAAUUUAGGUAUAACCAAAAAAGCAAAAGGUGUAAAAUAUAAUGUAGUCAAAAAUAUAAUCACAUUUGAAGAUUUUGAAAAUUGUUUAAAAGAAUACAAAAUUAAAAGCACAAACCAAAGGUGUAUUCGGUCAUAUCAACAUUCAGUAUUCAGCAUAGAGCAAACAAAAACGGCCCUAAGUCCUUAUGAUGAUAAACGAUAUUUAAUACCAGAAUCCUUUAAGACGCUUCCCUGGGGGCAUUGUGAUAUACCAUAAUUUUUUAGCAAAAAUAUAAUCGCUUUAAGACGCUGAGGGCAUUUACUUGGAUAUUAAAAAUGUGUAUGGCUGGUGAAAAGACACAAUCACUUUUCCUCAGUAAUUUUUAAUAAAAUGACUAUUGUACAAUAUUAUUUUUUCAUUAUCCUUUUGUAAAUAUAUUACUAAAAUAAAA